ACAGCGGGACCCAUCCGCGCGCCCGCCAUCGCCCCUUUAAGAGCGGCGCCCGCGGGCGGCAGGGAGGCGGCGGGCGGGGGCGCGCGCGGCGGGAGGAGGGGGCGCGCGCUUCCCGGAACAGCCCGCGCUGAGGGAAGAGAGGAAGAAAAUAAAACCCGUGGCUGGAGCUGAAGCUGGAGCUGCCGCCGCCGCCGCCACCGCCGCCUUGGCCGUCUGGAGCUCCCCCGCGCGGACGAUGCCCGCGGUGCCCGCGCGGGGCUCGGGGCUGUGAGGCCCAGGGCGCGGGGUAGCUAUGGCGACCGCUAGCGCGGCCCGCGGUGCCGCCUGACAGGUGUGGGCCCCGGAGGCGGCGGCGGCGGCGGCGGCGGCGGCGGCGGCUCGGAGCAGCAUGUACGCCAAGGGGGGCAAGGGCUCGGCCGUGCCCUCCGACAGCCAGGCCCGCGAGAAGUUGGCACUCUAUGUAUACGAGUACCUGUUGCACGUUGGUGCCCAGAAGUCAGCCCAGACCUUUCUGUCCGAGAUCCGAUGGGAGAAGAACAUUACGCUGGGGGAGCCCCCAGGGUUCCUGCAUUCCUGGUGGUGCGUGUUCUGGGACUUGUACUGUGCAGCACCUGACCGCAGAGAGGCGUGUGAGCACUCAAAUGAGGCCAAGGCCUUCCAGGACUACAGCUCUGUAGCGGCCCCUAGUCCAGUGAUGGGGAGCAUGGCCCCCAACGACGCAAUGGCAGCGGGCCCCAUGGCACCCGGCUUCUUCCAGCCCUUCAUGUCACCGCGGUUCCCAGGGGGCCCCCGGCCCGCCCUGCGGAUGCCGAGUCAGCCUCCGGUGGGCCUCCCCGGCUCCCAGCCCCUCCUCCCUGGCGCCAUGGAACCCUCCCCGCGUGCUCAGGGGCAUCCCAGCAUGGGCCCGAUGCAGAGGGUGACACCUCCACGGGGCAUGGCCGGCGUUGGACCCCAGGUGAGGGCAGGGUCCGGGAGAGGGGGUACGCCUCGGGGCCUUCCCCCCACACCUUGGCCACUCACAGCCCUUUUGCUUCCCCAGAGCUAUGGAGGUGGCAUGCGGCCCCCACCCAACUCUCUCGCCGGCCCGGGCCUGCCCACCAUGAACAUGGGCCCUGGAGUGCGAGGCCCAUGGGCCAGCCCCAGCGGAAACUCGAUCCCCUAUUCCUCCUCCUCCCCCGGCAGCUACACGGGACCCCCAGGAGGAGGCGGGCCCCCUGGAACACCCAUCAUGCCCAGCCCUGGAGACUCCACCAACUCCAGCGAGAACAUGUACACUAUCAUGAACCCCAUUGGGCCGGGCGCCGGCAGGGCUAAUUUCCCACUUGGCCCUGGUCCGGAGGGUCCCAUGGCGGCCAUGAGUGCGAUGGAGCCUCAUCACGUGAACGGAUCCCUGGGCUCGGGCGAUAUGGACGGGUUGCCGAAGAGCUCCCCCGGCGCCGUGGCCGGCCUGAGCAACGCCCCGGGCACCCCGCGGGACGACGGCGAGAUGGCGGCCGCCGGGACCUUCCUGCACCCGUUCCCGAGCGAAAGCGUAAGCGACUGCGUCGACUCCCCCCCCGCGGCGGCGUCGGGCCGGAGGGGCCUGGCGGGCAGGCCCCGGCGGGGCGGCCGGGGGGCCAGAGCAAGACCGUGACCGCGGCGGGCCAGGUGGGGGGGCGGCCGCGUCAUCCUUCCCCUCCCCUCUCCCCCCUUCCCUCACUCCCGCCCUUAUCUCACCGGCCCGCCCCCGUCCCAACCCCACCCUGGGACCCGCACCCCAGGGCGGCUUCCCCACGCUUCGCCACCUGUCUCCCCCCCUCCCCCCCCCCCCCCGACGUCCGCCCCGCCCCGCCCCGUCCCCUCUUCUCCCCGGGGGGGCGGGUCCCAGCCUAGGCCGGAGCUGAGCCCGCCUCCGCGCGCCACCCCCUCGUCUCUCCGCAGUACUCGCCGGGGAUGACCAUGAGCGUGUGAUGGGGCAGUAGCCCCUUGCCCACUGCCGGCCUCGGCUUCUGCCCAGUGCCCCUGCCUGGGACCAAGGUCCAGGGGCCCGGGCAGUCUGCUGGGUGAGGGUCUGAGGUCACACCUCGGGCGACUGUACUCCAGUUCAAGGAUUGGACAGCUGGGAGGCCCCGCACGAAGGACUCUCAUUUUAUAAAAAAACAAAAAACGCAAGGACCUCAGAGACGUUCUUUCAUGUAUAGGACCUUCCUGCCAUUUCUAUUUUGUCCAAGGGGGCUCCCUGGGGACCUCUUUUCCCCUGGACAGCAGGGGGUGGGCCCCAUCAAUAAAUGUAACUUGGUUUUGGUUUUUGGUA